CUUGCGAAACGUCAAAAAUAAAAUUUGUCAAAAGGAAAAACAAAAAUAUUUUGUGUUAAUGUCAUUUUAUCAUUUUAUUUUUAAUCUUUUACAAUAAAAACGUAUUUGUAAGAAGCGAAAAAUUGGGUGUUGCAAAUUAUUGGCAUAGGAAGUGAUGAACAAUAGCAACAGAAUGUCAGAACCAGCAACGCCAGCAUUACAGCCAAGUUAUAUGAAAAUUUUCGUGCAAAGAGAUUACAGUGAUGGAACAUCAGUUAAAUUCCAGACCAGAUUUCCAUCGGAAUUGGAAGGACGUAUUGAACGACACAUUUUCGAAUCAACAAUAAAUCGAUUAAACGAAUACUUUGCUGAGGCUGAAAAGGGGUCAUGCAGUACAUACUGCGAGGGUUGUUUGGCCUGCAUUACCGCUUAUUUGGUGUAUAUGUGUUCCGAAACACAUUACGAAAAGUGUCUUCGUAAAAUAUCUAAAUACAUUGCUUCCCAAAAUGAACGCAUUUACAAUCCUAAAGGACUUCAAUUAACAGAUCCAACAUAUCGAGGGCUUCGCGUCAUAGAAAUAUCUAUUUUAGACCGGCCAAUGCGUACUUGACUGUCGCUAUCCCAUUCGACAGAAGAGUUUUUUAUGUAAUAAUCCCGUGUAUUGAUAGUGUCUCAACAACAACAACAACAAAAAACUGUUACAUUGAAUAUGGAAA